AUGCCGCAGAAUCAGGUCGACGUAAAAAAGAACAUUCGCGAAAUUUGGCCCCUUCAAUCUGAAGUUGAAGAACUGCGUGGAAAGGUGAAUCUUAAAGGCCGAGACCGCCAGGCCCUUUAUGAAAGCUCCCAGUUAGAAAGGAAGAAGAAUGAUGAUCUCAUUGCAUUCCUGCGACAGGAUAUUAAGGCCAAAAGAAUAGCUCUGGCCGAGGGUGUUAAUACAGCGAUAGAAGCCGUUGACCAAAAAAUGUGCGAGACAGCAAAUCAGCUGAACGAAUUACGCCAUCAGCGCGUGCAGAGGGAGCUGAAGGUACAGGAGUUACAGGCAGAACUAGAUCGCAUGGCUGACAUACUGGCCAAGGAAGAGUGCGACUCGGAGGAAAUGAGGCACACUCGUCUUCUAGAGAACUCCCUGGACAAAGCCCUCAUGAAGUGCCAGACCGCCCGCAAUAUCAGCUCGCAGUACGAAGCCAUCGUGGAGAAAUUGAAAGAGGAUGUGGUCAUACGCGUGGAGAUGCAGGACGAGAAACGGCAGCAGUUAGAACAAAAACGCCAGCAGCUGGAGGGAAAGAGGAACCAGCUGCUGAGGGAAAAGGAGCGAAUGCUGCAGAUCUACCACGACCUCCGAUACACGGGAGAAAAAGCUUUGUCGGACGGUGAACGGAAGCUGGAGGAGAAGCAGGACCAGCUGAGGAAGCUUUGGGAUCAGCAUUGGAGAACAGAGAAGAAAGUUCUUCAUGGGAAGAAACUCUACCAGACCCUGUCCGUCGCCACUGACAACCUUCUCAAGAAGCUGCAUGGUAUCACACUAAAGCCGCCACACAAUCGUCCCCGUACUGGUAACUUAAAGCACGAUUUAGAGCUGUGCAAGGCAAAGCUGUCCGCGUUGUUGGAAUCGGUUGACGUCAAACAGAUAGAAGACGCCGAGGAAAAUAUAUCGGCACCAGAGUACCACGAGUUCCUGGAGUCCCGGCUUCCUUCCACCAAUGUGAGGAUCCACCUCGCUGAAAGCCUGGGAUCUCUCACAGACUUCCACUACGAUAGCCACACUGAUGACACGGACGUUCUGACACGAGACGACAUUAAAAGACAAGGCCAGGAAUUGGCCGACGCUAAACUGAAACCCAAAAAGAAGAAACCCCGAAAGAAAUAG